AUGGAGUGGAAUAGAGAAGAGGGUAUUAAAGCUAAAGAGAUAGCAGAAAAGAAGUUGAUAGCAAAUGACAUAAUGGGUGCAAAGAAAUUUGCAUUAAAGGCUCAAACUUUAUAUCCCAAUCUUGAAGGUAUCUCUAAAUUGAUAUUAACAAUUGAGGUUUACAUUUGUGCUGAGAACAAAAUAAAUGGAGUAGUCACAGAUUGGUAUGGAAUACUUGGUGUGGAUCCCAAAGCAGAUGAUGACACUAUUAGAAAACAAUAUAGGAAGCUUGCUCUAAUGCUUCAUCCAGAUAAGAACAAUUCCAUAGGUGCUGAUGAUGCUUUCAAGCUUAUUUUAGAAGCAUGGAAUUUGUUGUCUAAUAAAGAACAGAGAGAUGCUUAUGACAAAGAGAGAAAUAAGGCAAAAAUGAGUAGUCAUGAUGAUCAAAAUGUUCAUAGUAAAAAAAAUCAUGAGGCUUCAUCAUCAAAACCGGCAGAAGCGGCGGCCGGAACAACUACAAAGCCAAAGCCACCUGAAAACAGUACCAGUGGAGCAGGUCAUGAAGAUCAUCAUCAUCAUAGUCACUCAUCAUCAAAUCCAUACACGUUUUGGACAGUGUGCCAUUGGUGUAAGAUGGAAAUUGAGUAUUUUAGAUGUUAUGUUGAUUGUAAUAUGUUAUGCUUUAAUUGUCUUAAGCAAUUUCUUGCAGUUGAAAUCGUUGGCCAUAUGUAA